CAAUCAAAACUUUGUUCUCUCGUUUGACGCCUGCAGUGUUGCCCAGAAGGAGCUGCAAUGAACGGCGUGUUGUGGGGACUUGAUCAUCGCUUGUCGAGCUUCAUGGAUCCGGACAGCAAAAGCUUCCAGCCAUGGACAGACUACAUGGGACUGUCGGACACAAUCAGAGAGAUCCUGGGUCGGAACUCCGCCACCGAGUCCUCUCUGCCAGUCUCCAAUGCUCCGCACACAGACUGCGAUGACCUGUGCGAGGCUCUGGUGGCUGUGCGCUUUGACACCUGUGGCGACCUCGGAGCAGCCUGUGCGCCAGAUCUGGCUACUAAAUCUACGCUGCCAAACCCUUUGGCUCAUCAGCGUCCACCUGAUGGUUUGCGGUACGCUUCAGAUUCCCUAGGUGCUAAUACACCAGACGGGGGGGAUUUGAAGCUGGUCACAAGACCGACGGGCUCCCGGGGGCCAAAAGAGCGCACGAAGACCACUUGUUACAAAGCACCGGAUCCGACGGUGUUGCCUCCAUCACCUGAGCGCAUGUUUUGCAGUUUCUGCAAGCACAACGGGGAGUCCGAAAAGGUGUACGGAUCCCACUGGCUGAAAAGUCAGGCCGGGGAUGUGUUGUGUCCCUAUCUGCGGCAGUAUGUGUGUCCUCUGUGCGGAGCCACGGGGACUAGAGCUCACACCAAGCGCUUCUGUCCAAAGGUGGACAGCGCGUACAGCUCCGUGUACGCCAAGUCCAGACGCUGAACCAACAGGUGGCGGGUAGCAAACAGACACAGAAGGCUGAAUCCUCCUUUAUUUUACUGAGUGUGGGUUUUAUUUAUUAGCAUGCGUGUGUUUUUGCUUUUCUGUGGUUUGGUUUGUUUUUAUUUGCAUGCUUUGGUAGAGAUUCUGUGUAACUUAGCCUUCUAUAAUGCUGAUUGGAGUUAUUUUCCAGCUGGUCUUUUUGUCGGCCUAUCCUUCAAACAGCGUCCGUUUGGUGUUUUAUUUUAUUUUGUAGGUAUACUUUCAAUAAUUACUGCCAGAUAUUAUGUUUGGGAGGAGUUUAAAAAGAACAAUGGAAAAUGUAUGUUUGUUUUACAUAUUUUAUAACGUGGCCCUCUGAUGUCCAGUUUCAUAUCUUCUGUCUAUGCAUUGAAGGAUUCUAACAUUAUCAAACCUUUUAUAAGAAGCACAGUCAUCAGUAAUAACUUCACUACAGCAUGUAAACAUCUAACCAUUUCAGGAUUUUAAAUUUAAAAAAAAAAACAACAACAAACAUGAGUGACUUGUUCUUGUUCUGAGGUGUAAAUUCCUGCUCUUGAGGCAUGUUAGUUUUAUUUUUAAUAAUUUUGUUUAUUGUACUUAAGCUCUUCUGACUUUGUGGAGAAAAAAAACUGCGAACAUUUUUGUGUGUAAAUACCCUUGUGUGCCAGAAGUUAUAAAUGUUUAAGUUGACAACA